CAGGUGCCGCUAUCUAUUAUAAACUGUACAAGCUGAAUUGAACACACGGCAUUGUUAUCAAUUAAUUUGGAUUAUUGCAUCAUAAUAUCAAUGAAAGGGCAGGUUUGAGUAGCUACACAUGGCAACAGCAUCAUCGAAUGAAAAUUCGAACACUGUCAUGAAGUCUGUUGUAUCUGUUCCACUGCAUCUUGGUUUGUUUCCUGCCCUAGAUGGGCUUUCUAAAAAGUAUGAUCUUGAAACUGUUGAAGAUUUAAAAGUUGCUUUUACCGAGGCAGAGAAGUCUGUACCUGGCUUUACACAAGAAUUAUUAAAUGGAGUCAUACAAAAGGAAGUUCCUAAUGAAGUCAGUUUCACUAAAAGUUUAUUACGAAUGUCUGGCCAGAACAGCCAAGAAUAUGCUCUUCAACGUAAAGAAAAAGAAUUUUUCAAACUUGGGGAACAAGCCCACACACUUAAACGUAUCUUAUCUAGGAUUCCUGAUGAAAUGAAUGACAGAACAAGAUUUUUACAAACUAUAAAAGACAUUGCAAGUGCUAUAAAAGAUCUUCUGUCUGCAGUAAAUGAGGUAUUUAAAAAGUACAGCACCAAAGCUAACAGAAGGGCACUUGAUAUUCAAAAGAAGGAAUUCGUGAAAUGCUCUAAGGGUUUUAGCGACACUCUCAAAUCUUAUUUUAAAGAUGGAAGUGAAGUUCCUGUGUAUGUGAGCGCGAACCGUCUUAUCCACCAAGCAAACGCCAUUCUUCUUGUGUUUAAGAUGACAACUCCUGACUGAUGAUGUUACAAACUAUAUCUGUGAUGUUAUUUUAUCAAGCUUUCGUCUCGGACUAUAUUUAAAGUCCGGUUAUAACCCUCGUCGUGUUUUCAAAGCUUGCUUACGGUUUUUAAGACAUUUAUAAAACCGAACAUAAUUUCCCAACACUUUACACAUUUUACUCUGGACCAGUGUUACCAGAUAUGUUUCCCAGGCUAAAGCCGAAGACCAAAUUUUUCAUUGGCAUCACAGUAAGGCAUUGUUCAAAUCAAUGACAUCACAAUGAUGGGGUAUUCCUGUGUAAACAGCAAAACGUGCAAUAACCAAACACCAAUCAAUCUUAAAAAAUGACUCCCAAAUAAGAAGCAUUAUAUAUUACAUGGUUGUACAGUGUAACUUGUCCCAGCCACACUUUUUGAGUUCCUUUUUGUACGAAUAGGAAGGUCAUUUCCUGUUUUUGUAUUUGUGGGAAUAGGAAAUGAAAACUGGGUUGAAUUGACAAUAACAAUUCGUGUUUAGAUUCUAUUUCCCACCAUAUAUAACCUUCUCGAGACAAAGAAACAUCAUUGUUUUCGUUCCAUUAUCUCCUUUUAUGACGUCACACGCUCCUACCGCUGGUGCUUCCUGUAUUUGAACCGCGGUCACGUGACAGCUACGUCACAAUCACCGCGAAAAUCGCGACGUUUUUUUCGCCUCGGUCCGAGUAUCAGCAUACAUAAUACAAACCGUGCUCGGGGCUCGGAAUUUUGUUAUAACUUAAACAAAGAAAUUUUAUUCAUGAAUUACCCGAAACACAUAACCACUAACGAAAUUUUGACCUUUUUUUCUACUAUCUACUUUAAUAUGAAGCAGGUUUCAACAACAAGAGUACAGUGUAUUUUGUUAUAAGCUUUAAUUGUACUACGUAUUAAACUGCUUUCCAAACCAUUCAUUUUAAACUGAAAUUCAUCCGCUUGAAUUUAAAUUCUAAAGUGUUUGGUUUUUAAUGCUUGAAAAGGUUUUGUAAUUCUAGUUUACAUUCUUGUCCUUUCGUUUAUUUGUUGAGCAUUAAGUCGUGUUGGUUGUUUUUGUGAAACAGAUUCCGUAUAUUACGUUUCGUAGGAAUAAAAUUACAUUAAAUAAGGGA